GUUGUAAUGGUUUAUUUUGCGUAAAGUCGUAGCACAUUAUUUAAUAAUGUUAAUUAAUUUACAAAAGUUGAAAUAGUAUUCUGGAAUAGUCAUUGUAAAUGCCUGCUGUUUUCCACUUCUAUUUACUUUCCGCCAAUCGUCGACAGAAAACUCGAUCAUCAAGGAAGCUUAAUCGUUCCCUGCACACCAAUCUGCAAUCUGUCAAUAAAUAUGGCUUUGAGACGAGCGCUGCAUUUUGUUUUCAAAGUUGGUGACAGGACCAAAACUUCCAUGUUUUACCGAGAUGUUCUGGGCAUGAAGAUUUUACGCCAUGAAGAGUUUGAGGAAGGCUGCAAAGCAACGUGUAAUGGCCCCUACGAUGGAAAAUGGAGCAAGACAAUGGUUGGCUUUGGCCCAGAAGAUGACCAUUUUGUUGCUGAACUGACAUACAAUUAUGGGGUGGGAGAGUAUCAACUUGGCAAUGACUUCUUGGGUCUCACUCUGCAGUCGAGCCAGGCUGUAAGCAAUGCUAAACGUCUGGGAUGGCCUCUCACUGAGGUAGGAGAGGCUCUGUAUCUGACCCGGGCUCCAGGAGGGUAUCCUUUCUACCUGGUAGACAAAGAGCAGCCUCUCACAGACCCCGUGCAGAAGGUGUGUCUCGGAGUGUCCGACCUCCAGAGUUCGACCCACUACUGGACUACACUCUUGGGAAUGAAGGUGAUUGAGAAGAAUGAGGAAAAGAAAACUGUCCUGAUGGGAUUUGCAGACACGCAAUGUAAACUGGAGCUUCACGAUAAUGGUGGGACAGUAGAUCAUGGAACAGCAUUUGGAAGAAUAGCAUUUUCAUGCCCACGGGAGCAACUGCCUGAACUCGAAGCCACGAUGAAAAAGGAAAAUCAGAAAAUUCUCACUCCAUUAGUCAGCCUGGACACUCCUGGAAAGGCCACCGUAGAAGUGGUUAUUUUGGCUGACCCAGAUGGUCAUGAGAUUUGCUUUGUGGGAGAUGAGGCUUUCAGGCAACUGUCACUGGUGGACCCCAAAGGAAAUGAACUGCUUGAUAAGGCUAUGGCCGAAGAUAAAAGUGACGAGUGGUUUGCCAAACACAAAAGACAGAAAGCUGCUGCAUGAGAUAAAUGCAGCCUGGAAAAUUGUGCACCAUCAAUUUCUCACCAGUUCGUAUGAUGACGAGAUGCUGCACAAGGCACCUGUCGUGUAAAUGCUCUUGUAAUGACAACUUGAUUAUCCUAAAGCUGGCAGUAUGAGAUUUAUUUUUCACCUGGAUGCAUGCCAUGAGGCACAGGAGCAUUGACAGCACUUUGUGAAAGGGCCACUUGUUCAAUUUGAUGGACAUUUUUCCAAUUAGUAUUGUUCCUAUCAAUAAGGCAGAGAGGUAGGCAAAAAGUCAAAUAGGUGCAACUUAUUCUUUCAAAAGUCUGAAAGAUUUUUGCUGUUGAGCCCCUGUUGACCCUUCACCAACCAUAGUCUGUGUAUUGUUUAUGUACUAAUUAAUGAAUUUAAUUACUGGACUAAUACUACCUGGCCACGAGAUUCCUAUGCAUCAGUUAGUUUGAUUAAAAACAACUUUAUUUCGAAAAAUGUACCAUGUAAAAUUCCAUAAAUUUGCAGGCAAUCAAAUGAUCAAACCCCAAUUACAUGCAGUGCACCUGGAGCGUUUAGGGGUUUGGGGACCCUUUGGCAGUUGUUUGGAAUACCAGCUUCAGGCAACCAUUAAAGUAUAUGUUGUAAAAUGCAGCAUCAUGUUUUAAGCGUAUACAAAUAAAAGCAUUCAUUAUGAUG